UGCUACUUGCUUGGAUCUUUCUAUCAAUAUUGGCAUGCAUGCCAGCUCUUACUAAUAUGCGAUGUACCAAUGAAUCCCCUCCAGUAAUACCUAAGUAUCAUCUGAUGGAAAAAUGCCAUAGAUCUAAACUGGGAUUGGCGGCUAAAGCUAGAUACACAUCUCUAAUUAGUUGUCAACGGCUUGGCAUUGAGAAGAAGGCUCUUUCUUUAAACUUCAGUCCACCUGAAGCUAUGAAAACUACGAAGGAACCUCUCGAUUACACGUGUGAAGCAUUGCAGUGCGCUGAAGCUGACGGCGGUUCAUCAUUGACAAACGAUACGAGAUUCGACUAUUACAGUUUAUAUGCGAAGCCGUUACCAAACGAGAAUUCUACGUGUGUACCAGCAACAGGCAUGUUCUAUUUGCUCUCAAAGAAAUAUAACUAUACGGAAGGUCAGAGCUCAUGCAAAAAUAUAAGUGGCGUACUGGCUGAUGUGACCAGUGAUCAACGCACAGAAGCGCUUGGGCAGUUGCUCUUAGGGACAAAGGUAGACGCCGCCAUGGUUGGUCUGAGGAGGAUCAAUGAGAGCACCUUCCACGGAACCAAUGGUAAUGCACUGGACUGCACAACGUAUCGGGCUUGGGCACCGGGCCAUCCAAGAAGACGCUACGACAAAUACGACUGUGUCGUCAUCACUCGACACAAAACGUGGAAGUCCACGUCGUGUAAGAAGCAGUAUCCAAUUCUUUGCGAACUCAAACCUGGAGGCCCUUAUAAAAUAGGAUCCAUUUUCGCUUCGAGGAAACUAAAUAAUGAUACCAAGCUAAUAAAUGAGACCAACACUUCAGAUAAAAAUUAAUUAAUUCCCAAAAUUCCAAAAUAAACGUAUUUACUUACUAAAUAUACACACCUAAAACAAAUAAAUGGGCAAGUAGCCCUCAUAUUUAAAAAUCUAACAUUUUAAUUUUUUGCGCCAAAUUCUUAAUUUGAAAGAAAGUGACAAAACACUAGUAUAGUUAAAAACUUAGAUUAUAACUACAAUACUUGUAUUUUAUAUAGUCUAUGUGCAGUUCGCCAACAUAUUCAUUUCGCCAACCGUCACGGUUCUUCAAUUUGA